AUGGCCUCCUGCUUUCGUAUUCUGUGUGCGCUAUCUGAUCAGCGCGCGCUCUGUGCAUCGGAUGAACAAAUAGAAGACAUCUGCAGUGCCUUGUUGGAUGGCUCAAGCACUCCUGUUCCUAACCUUACUAGUGUCAAGUAUCUAUUGUCAGUGCUCCAAGGAAUUCACGAUUGUUUGGUUGGAGAUGAAUCUUCAUCUAUCUCUACAACCAAUCGUAGUAGAGAGCCAUCUCUAUUGGGGAGAACUGUGAGCAAGGACCCGACCACCAAAACCAGCACAGAUAGCAUACGUGAAUCCGUUGCUAGUUCAGUUCUAUCCAAGAGCAUGCUAGAUCACCCUGUUUCUGGUGAAAAAAGUACAGAAAAAGCGCCAAGGAAUGAGGUCCUAGUCGUCAAAAACCCCCCACAGAAAAAAGCACAACGGGCUACAUACUCUGCUAGGGAGUUGGCAGAGAAGAAUCAGCACGCAAUAGACAAAUAUGUAGAAAGGAUGAAUAGGGCAUACAUUAUGCGAACAGGCCCUACGCGGUUGGAAGUGAUGAAUGGUGAUGUGCCCCUGAGUCACCGUCGAGCCCGGGAAAUCCGGUCUACUCAAGAGCUAGAACAAUACCUAGACCUGCUGGAUAAUCCGUAA